GGUUCAGCGUUUGUAAUAUAAGACGAGGUGGUUGGAAUUUAAAGUAAACAAACCACCACGAAGACUCAAUCAUCCGGAUUUUGCAGAAUUCUUUAUUCUUUUUUUUAAUAUUUUUUUCAUUAGGCUGGUCCUACAUUGAAUGUGGUAAAGGAAAGCUGGAACUUUCCGUUGUAUUACCUUUUUUUGUUCUCUGAGCUGGUCUCCUUCUUUGUUUUGAUUUUCUCUUUUUUUUUAUAUAUCUUUCUAAGCAAAAGUGCUGGUCACUUGAAAAGUAAAAAGUAAAAGAAGUUCUUAACAAUCGACUGAAUUCUACUCGUUGAUUCUUUAAUUACACUCAACAUAACUUUGUCAUUCUUUUUCUUUUUUAUUUAGUCUCUCUUUUUUUACGCUCUAAGUAUAUUCCUUGCUGUGAAAUCAACAAACAAAUUACCUCAUAAAUCAUGGACGUUAGCAGCAAUUUGUCUUAUAUUCCUAAAUUUUCUACCCCUACAAAAAAGAGACCCUUGGUAUAUCCAAACAGUCCAAUUACACCUUUGCAUCAACAGGCUCUUUUGGGGAAAGUAAGUCGUUCGGCGAGAAAAAGUCCUACAAAGGUAUCGUCCAACUUUGUCCGAGGUUCACCUAAACUCGAUGUUGUAUCAUCCGACUGGUCAUUGUCUACUUCGGUAAGUUCUCCUCGAGCUAAACACCAUUGUCCGAACCACAGUGACAGAUUUAUUCCUUCCAGACAAAACUCAGCAAACGCCUUCGUUUCAAGUCAAAAGCACGAAUUAUCUGCAGAGUACAAUGAAUCAGUUGCCGAAGCUUGUGGCUUGGACUUAAAUACGCGUAUCCUUGCUUUUAAACCAGAUGCCCCUGAAUCCAAGAAACCAGUUGAUUUGCGUGCUCAAUAUAAUCGUCCUCAAAAAGCUGUCGUUUCUCAGACAAAGCGCAAAUUUGCUACAACACCCGAACGCGUCUUGGAUGCACCAGGUAUCGUCGAUGACUACUAUUUGAACUUGCUGGAUUGGUCGAAUUUGAAUGCAGUCGCUAUCGCACUUGAAAGAAACGUUUACGUUUGGAAUGCCGACAGUGGUGAUGUUAGCGGUUUGGCAGAAACGGAUGAAUCCACUUAUGUAGCGGGUGUGAAAUGGUCCCAAGACGGUACCUUUUUGUCUGUAGGACUUGGUAAUGGAUUGGUUGAGAUCUAUGAUGUCGAAUCGCAAAAGAAGCUCCGAACGAUGGCAGGCCAUCAGUCGAGAGUAGGCGUUUUGGCAUGGGAUCGACACAUUUUAUCAAGUGGCAGUCGCUCAGGUGCAAUCCAUCACCAUGAUGUGCGAAUUGCUCAGCACAAGGUAGGCGAGUUGCUGGGACAUGAAAGUGAGGUCUGUGGCCUAGCGUGGCGUUCGGAUGGACUUCAAUUAGCUUCUGGUGGUAAUGAUAAUUUGGUUCAAAUUUGGGACGCUAGAUCGUCCAUUCCAAAAUUUACAAAAACAAAUCAUACGGCAGCCGUUAAAGCGGUAGCGUGGUGCCCUUGGCAGAGUAAUCUGUUAGCAACCGGCGGUGGUACCAUGGAUAAGAAAAUCCAUUUCUGGAACGCAGCUACGGGAUCAAGAGUCAACACUGUCGAUGCUGGUAGCCAGGUAACAUCAUUAACAUGGAGUCCUCAAUUGAAAGAGAUUAUAUCCACACACGGCUUUCCUGAUAAUAAUUUGUCUGUCUGGUCUUAUGGCACGACGGGUGUCACAAAGCAAGUAGAUAUUCCCGCGCAUGAUAGCAGAGUGCUCUAUUCUGCUUUAUCUCCUGAUGGACGCAUUUUGUCUACUGCUGCUAGUGAUGAAAAUUUGAAAUUCUGGCGAGUAAAUGAUAGCGAAACAAAGAAGAGGACCGGAAUCUUUUCUAAAGCUGGAACUACAAAUAUGACUAUCCGAUAAUGUACCAGUAUGCUUUUAAUAUUGCAAUGGUCGGCUUUCUUCGUUCGGUCACGAAUCUUCUUAAUGAGCUUUCUAUUUAUUUGUCUAAUGCCCUAAUGACCUGAUAAAUUGUCACGAUACUUAAUAUAUUAAUUAAUAUUCCCAUAUGAGUGUUCUUGAACGGUA